AUGGCGGCGCCCUUGGAGCUGCGUUGCUGGGGCAGCGGCUGGGGGCUGCCGUCCGUGCAGGCCGAGGCCCUGGUGGUCCUGGCCUAUGCCAAAUUUUGCGGCGCGCCCCCUGAAAGUGACUGUUAUAGAUAAGACCCUGGAGAGGGCUCAAGAGGAGAUGUGCCAAUUUUGACAACAGAAGACGGUGUUGUUUCUCAGCCAGCAAAAAUACUAAACUUUUUGAAAAAACAGAAAUACAACGCGGACUACGAGCUCUCUGCCAAGCAAGGAGCCGACACGUUGGCUUACGUUGCCCUCCUGGAAGAGAAGCUUCUCCCCGCCGUGCUUCACACGUUCUGGGUCGACAGCGACAACUACUUCGCCGUGACCAAACCCUGGUUCGCUGCCCGGAUCCCGUUCCCCCUGAGUUUAAUCCUGCCCGGGAGGAUGUCUCGGAGAGCACUGGACCGGAUCCUGCUGACCAGGGGAGACUGUCCCCUCUCGCCCCUCCAGGAGGUGGAAGCCCAGAUAUACCGAGAUGCCAAGGAAUGCCUCAACCUUCUAUCGAACAGAUUGGGAACAUCUCUGUUUUUCUUUGGAAACAUGCCAACCACUCUGGAUGCUUACGUGUUCGGGUUCCUUGCCCCUCUGUACCGCGUCCACUUUCCCAAGGUCCAGUUACAAGAACACCUGAAGCAGCUACCCAACCUGUGUCGUUUGUGUGAUUUCAUCUUAGAGGGUUAUUUCAGGCUCAGCCUCACAGGCUGCUCUCCAGCUGGACCUCAGGCCGUAGAUGCAAAUCUGCAGAAACUCACCCAGCUUGUAAAUAAGGAAUCCAACUUGAUUGAAAAGAUGGAUGACAAUCUCCGCCACAGUCCUCAGCCUCCCCGUCGGAAGAUACCGGUCCUUAAGCUCACCCCGGCGGCGGUGGAGGGCGAUCCCUCUCGGCGCCCGUCUCCCUGACCGCUGCACGGGAGAGCCUCCCGGCGCUUUCCUCCAGGACCGCCGAACUCCUCGGGCUCCGGGGCGGGCCGGCCAAAGGACAGAUCUCCUCUUCGGCGCGGGGAAGCCGCUCGGACCAAGCGCCCGCCCGCCGGUCCGCGAGCUCGCAGCGUAGCGCCUUCACCCACUCAAACGGGAGCCAGCGAACGUCGAGAAAGGACAUCACCCCCGGAUCCCGGUGGGCCUCUGAGUUCCCAUACGAAGCCAUGAAUCCAUUGUUCCGAGCCUGCGCUGUUUUAAUUUAUCCAAGCUAUUUCUCUGUAUGCAUCAUUCCCGCGCUCCUCGGGCAGGCUGGUCCGCCUAAUGAUGUGCGAUGGCUUGGCCCAGUUUGGGUUCCCUUCUGUUUACCAAACAAACGUUCUAUUUUCGGGUUCAGAGAAGAAUAUAACGAUCCAUUAG